GAGUUUAGGUAUUUCCCCUCGCGAUGGCAGGCACCUUGACGUGGUGCGGGGGCUUAGUCGAAUCAUUAAUCAGCUCUUCUUAGCAGACGGCAGUGUACACGUUUGAGUAUCAGUACUUGGGGGUGCACACUCUCUUCUCCUGUUUCGAGCUGUUUUUUGAACGAUGACCAAGUUCUGCCGAUCCCCCUAAUCCAGGGUGUAAAGCGACACCGUGCCCAUUGGAUGGUUUGCAGCCAGGGGGUUUAACAGACCGGCUGUAUUUGAACGGCGCCUUCCUGACACCGGGCCGCCUCAGGGAGUAACUAUGGCCUUACUGCGGCAUGGGGCGCUGUCGUGGUGUACCGUUUGAAUUCCCCAUUAUAUUAAUUAGACUACUGAGCUCGCCUCGUCGAGCAGGUGGUCGUACGAACAAGAUGAAGUCAACUAACUAUACAAAUUACAAUUCAAAUCAACAAGUUUUAACUCAGUUAAUAGGUCAACUGAUGAGAAGUGGCAACUCCCCAAGUGGCUAUAGAGGAAGAAGUGGUGGUGCGGCCAGACAAAGAGGCAGCAUCCGACGCACAGCCACAAGAAUAAGGCGUCGACCUGGAAUUAGAUCACAGGGUAGUGUACCAGUGCGCAGACCGUUGUCUACUAGGCCAUCAGGUAGCGGUGCGAGGAAACCUACAUCAGCACCGGCAACACAAAAGCGAAGUGCCACAGAAAGUAGUGCUGCACCUGAUAAGAAAAAAGUCGCUCUGGAUGACAAAGCAAAAAGUGCAGAGACCACUAAGGAGAGUAAAGCAAAACCAAACGAUCCUUAUUUGAAGGGAUUGUGCGAGUCUGGUGUGCGAUGGUAUUUGCGUUAUUUGAAGGAAGGACUAGAACCGCAAGCGGCGUGCAAAAAAGCUUGGGAGCAACGUACUGAACCUGUAGAAUAUGAACCGCAAUGGGGAAAAGAGUUCCAACCAAGAGAAGUCGAAGAAGAACCCAAAUACCGAUCGCGGAUACGAAGAAGACCAGCGAAAAACUCUGAAAUCAAUGAGGAUUACCGCAUCGCAGUACAUCCCAAAGAUUUUCCAGAUCAAAUGCUCGAUUUGGACUCUGUUAUAGCGCUGGAAGAGGCUAUUGCGGCGGAGAUAGCAAAAGGAGCCACUGCAAAACUGCAAUUCGCCAAUGCACAUUUACGUCCAGGUGCAUUACUCUGUGAUUGCGUAAAUGAAGAAACCGUCAAUUGGCUAAAAGAUAUUGUCACCAAGUUAUCCGACUGGGAGGGCCCAGCGCUGACAACAAGCCAAGAACGUGUCAUUCCAGAUGCAUACGUCAUGACAGCAGCGUUGCCGAAGAGCAUUGAUCAAGAUUUCAAACGCACAUUAGCCUUGCUUGCGGCGCAAAAUGAAGACUUAAAUACCGAAGUGUGGAAAUUAGUGAAUGAACGCGUGGAGGAUGGAAAGCAAGUGGUGACGAUACUUGUAGAUAAGGAUUCUUUCAAUGCAAUGAAGCGAAAUGAAUGGAAGCUUUAUUAUAGAUUUGAUAAAGUCUACGUACAUUUCCAUCGCUACUUACGUUAUGGCAAACCUACUUUAUGGAUAACGAACCCCAGUUGUCACAAACAAAAUCAGGUGAAACCACCUGGCCCAUCAAGUGCAGUCUAAAUAAAAUGUUAAAAACUUUUGUGUGUGUACCGUUGAACGAAGUGAUUUCAUUGGCUUUCCACUUGGAACAUCUCCAGAUUUCCUUGCAAUAAAUAGAAGCAUCAGCUGUAGUUAAUAUAACCAACAAAUGAGUUCGUUGUUGGCGUUUAUGCUGCUUCAGUGUCGCCAACACUUGUUCAGGUAACUUUGGUAUGUGCUCACCUGUCGGAUGGUAACCAUUGGCAUCGGCUACAUAAGUCAUCGUGAUGGGUAUGCCUUCGGCCGAAAUGUAUUGCACCACGCCAGUAUGUCCGAACUCAUUUCCCGCUGCUUUUGUUGUAAUGCCGUUGGAUGUCUGGAACUCAUAAUGAAAGUCACCUUGUACAUUCGGCGCCUGGUUCUUGUAGUAAAUGGUAUGUGCAUCACGAUCAAGUGAUUUGACAGCCGCAUGUACAGGCUGCAAGUGUGCAAGUGCAAAGAUAUUACAGAAGAGGACACACAAGAGGAGACGUUUAAACUGCAGAUAGAAGGGAGAAGAACAAAACACAAAAACAACUCACUGUUUAUUAUCCAUAAAGUUUAGCGAUUAAGCCAGUAAAACCAUGUGGUGUAUUAAGAACAAACCAUUGUUUGGAAAUGUAGUCCAUCUACGCAGUAUCGAAUUUUACGUGUCACCCGCAUUGUAAACAACAUUCCCAUAAUAUGAUUUGUGGUGGCGUCUAAUGACACAGCUGACUGGGAUUGAUUACUUUCUGGAAGCGCCGUCGGCUGCAAGUUCAGUUAACAGUACGUUUAUUUAUUUUCGCACACACACAAACACACGCGUACACGACGGCCGUUUAGAACAACACAACGAAUCUGCCGCUGCCGGAAUCGCAACGUAAUGAAGCGGGUUUCUGUUGCGGUGGACGCUUUUAUAGAUGCGUCGCUGAUAUGCAAAUUAAUUCGGCAAACAAUUCUGAAAAUAAAAAGAUAAAAUUUGUCGCCGAAUUAUUUUAGUGCCACAAAAAUGACUGACAUAUUCAACCCUCUGCAAGUUGUUUAUGUCAACUCGAGCAUUUGAUGCGACGUGAUGCCUGCGUCUAUUACACACGCAGCAAUGAGUAAUAACGGGUGAUUUUUUUGAGGUUAGGAUUUUCAUGCAUUAGUAUUUGACAGAUCACGUGGGAUUUCAGACAUGGUGUCAAAGAGAAAGAUGCUCAGUAUGCUUUGACAUUUCAUCAUGAAUAGACUUACUAACGAGCAACGCUUGCAAAUCAUUGAAUUUUAUUACCAAAAUCAGUGUUCGGUUCGAAAUGUGUUUCGCGCUUUACGUCCGAUUUAUGGUCUACAUAAUCGACCAAGUGAGCAAACAAUUAAUGCGAUUGUGACCAAGUUUCGCACUCAGUUUACUUUAUUGGACAUUAAACCAACCACACGAAUGCGUACAGUGCGUACAGAAGAGAAUAUUGCGUCUGUUUCUGAGAGUGUGGCUGAAGACCGUGAAAUGUCGAUUCGUCGCCGUUCGCAGCAAUUGGGUUUGUGUUAUUCGACCACAUGGAAGAUUUUACGCAAAGAUCUUGGUGUAAAACCGUAUAAAAUACAGCUCGUGCAAGAACUGAAGCCGAACGAUCUGAUAAUUAAUAUGAUCCGAUAAUUAAACAACCAUUAUGUGAAGUGCACUUUGAAGUGAUCGUUAUGAAUCUAGUUUGGCACGUUUGCUGUAUGUGUGUCAUUGUGCGGAAUUUAAUAAAUCGUAUGUAUUGCUUAAUUUCAACCAUAUUAAUUGAACGAGAAGCUGGAGUUGUCAACCGGCCAGUACACAAAUCAUAAACAUAAACAAAAAAUUCAAUUCACCAAUUUCUACAUAUGUAAGCAUGUAUUGCGAUAGGAGCCCUAUGGAGCAAGCAUAUUUAUAUCAGUAUCAAAUAAAUAAAAUCUUCAUUUGUGCGCCGAUGUGGUAGCCACUAACUAAAA